CAAGCCAUUUUUCUCAAGGCCUUUCCAAAAUUCAGUCGCUCAUGGCGAUCCGUCUCACACUCCCAGCGGCUCUCCCAGCCUUGCUUUUGGUGGGACUUUCUUUGUGGCAACGAAUGGAGCCUGCCAUUUCCAGUCCCGAACGCAGAUCCACAAGGUCCCUCUCCAUGAUCCAGCUGAAGCCAGAGCUUGGCAAGGCCAUCGCGGCACUGGAGACGCCCUACACUGCAGCCUUUGAACAGCAGCGCAUGCCAGGGGCCUCUGGGGCCUCUGAAACGAAGAGUGGCUGUCCAUAUCAGGAGGCCAGCUUGAUGCCCUUUGAAGACUUGGCCAAUGGCGGUGAUGUGACCAUAACCAGCGGACGUUACGUUGUGUCGACCUCGGUGGCCUUGGGUCGUUUGACAGUGGACGAAAAUGCGGAGCUCGUUGUGGGGGACAAUGUCGAAAUCCAAACACAGGGCAUUCUGGUGAAAGGAGUCUUGCGGAUGGGUUCCAGCACCUGCCGUUUGGAGAGUCUUGUGGUCACCUUCACGGGGGAUGGCGACCAAAAUGCAAGGUCGGCGAAUCCACUGGACACGAAGGGCCUUGUCGUGGGGAGAGGUGGCCAUUUGGAUGUCUUUGGCGUACGGUUCUACCCCACCUGGACGCGACUGGCAGCUGGGGUGGAUUCUGGUGACACAGUCGUGGAGCUUCUGGACGAGGUGGAUUGGCAGGUGGGGCAGCAGCUGGUAGUCGUGACCAGCGCGUGGACUGAUGAGCCUUCGCAACAUCAGAAUGAAGUUCGAACCAUCGCGGCUGUGGACGGUGCGCGUGUGACGAUCUCUGAACCUUUGGAGUUUUCGCACUAUGGCGGACCUGAGUACGCGACAGAAGUAGCCUUGCUGUCACGGAGCAUCACCUUUCAAGGUGACGAGGGCAGCGAGACCACCCGCUACGGCGGCCAUGUGAUGUGUGCGCCGGGCUCUAACUGCCGCAUCGCUGGUGUGCGGGGGUACCGCGUGGGGCAGGAGAACGUCAUGGGGAGGUAUCCAUUCCAUUUCCACAUGCUGGGCAAUGUGGACCAAAACACAUUCUUCGAAGAUUGUACUGUCCAGCACAGCUACUUCCGUGCCUACACAGUGCACGGGACCUCCUUCUCACGUGUGUCCCGGAAUGUGGCUUAUGACGUGUCAGGCAGCGCUUAUUACCUAGAGGAUGGUGUAGAGGAAAAUAAUCUGUUUGAAUACAACCUGGCUGCAUUUGUGCACAUCAUCGACCGACUUUCGGACUAUGAAAAUGGUGGUGGACAAGGAGGCGUCACGGUACAGACAGUGCCCACCCGAAUCGUACCUACUGAUGCCACGGCUGUGGGCUUCUAUUGCACCAAUGCCAAGAACCGGUGGAUUGGGAACUCUGCGUCUGGCGGCUUUUCGGGCUUCCACUUCCCGACAGUGACGAAGGCCUUGGGCGAUAGCGCUGCAUCCCACCCGGACUACGAGCCGGACCAGAUGGAAUUGCUGGAAUUUGAUUCGAACACGGCCCACUCUUCAGGACGAAUCUGGAGCCGUGGCGCUUGCAUGUACGUUGGUGGCAAACUCUGGGAAAACAUGCCGGGCUCACAGCAGUACAGCUACCAGACUGGCCGCGAGUCGCCAGCGCGAAUGUCUGGAAGAUUCAUCAUGACCAGGACCAAGGUCUUUGCGUGUCGCAUGGGUCUGCUGUUCUGGGGCACCCACUGGUCGGCGCGAAAGCCGGACCUGGGCCUAGAAGGUUUUGAAGCACAUGACAUCGCCCGGAGUUCCUCGCAGCUCGGAGACACCUACAUGUACAAUGCUGUGAUCAGUGCGCACACUGCAAAUCCGGCGGCCGAUCUUCUAAACACUGGAGAUGGCUUUGAGCUCUACGACACCGACAUGCAGACUGUGCUGGUUGAGGUUACCUUCCGGAACUACGAUCGCCCCAACGAUGUGGCUAUCCAGGACAUGACGCACAGCAACAUCUUCAAACCACAGGGCAUGUUCCAUUCGUCGAAGCUCCACUUCGAGGCGACACCACUGGCGCAACGCCUUCGACAUGUCGAAAGGUUGGCUUGCAAGAGUUACCACUCGGACACCUGCUUGAACCAAUGCAGUUUCUGCCCUGGAACUCCGGGAAGCUCUCAGACAGCAAAUCUGUUCGAUGUCGAUGGUUCUUUGUCUGGGCUUGGGGAAGCUGCCAUCAUUGGCGCCGACGACACGGCAGCCGAGACCAACGGCCGCACCAAUGAGUGGUGGCGACUGGAAGAUGGUUGCACUCAGAACGCUGACUGGGGCUUUUGGAUUUGUCCCACUCAUGGGCAUCGGUCCAUCGUCAGCCUUUUCAUCAUGAAGGGUCUCAUGUCAAGCCCGCCAGCACGGACCAGCCCAGACACUGCCGUGGGGAUGCUCUACCACUUUGGCCGAAACGAUCGACACUUGGAUGUGGGGCUGGCGGAAAGCCCGAUGGUCACUGGAGGUUGCUGCGACAUUGGCUGGUUUUUGCAUUUGGAUUCAGGCGCUGUGAAGGAGUUGACCAUCUUCUUGGACCAAAUGGUAGACGCCGGAGGCCUGGUCUUUGCCACCAGCUAUCCCGUCGGGGCCAGCUUCACCAUCCAACGUUGUCUACCCAGCUGUAAAGAUGUCACUUUAGGACAAAGUUUGCAAGAUGUCUUGGAUGCACCUGGGACAGUUUACUAUGUGGACAACAAGGGCCGCCUCUUUUUGAAGUUUCUGUAUGAAGCGAACGGCUACUUCGAGGCGGCUGGCGUGAAGCAACUCACCAACGGGCACCGCUAUCUCUCCGGCCAGGGAGCGCGCUACACCAUCUACAGCAGCUUGGAAGGAGCAGUUCCUUUGGAUAUUCCACCAGCUUUGGAAGGUGGAGAGGCCCCAACCACUACAACGACGGAGUAUGUACCAACCACGGCGACAACCAGCUCCAUCGACCUGAGCUGUUCGGGGCAGUGGGAAGGAUGCCUCACCACAUUAUGCUGCCAAGAUGCGGGCUUUGUGUGCUAUGAGACACUUGUUCACUGGGCGCAAUGUCGAAGCUCUUGUACUCCAGGGAUCCUGGAAGGAGAUCCGUAUCCAACGCCUUGGAGCUGCAAUGUCCUUGGGAGCACAACCACCCCUACCACGACAACGACGACUACGACUGUGACGACGACCGCACUGCCCUCGACAACUGCGGCAACGACAGCCACUCCAACAACGACCACGACUGCUGCAACCACGACAACAACCACAACCAUGAGCAGCUCCAUCAUGAGCACCACCUCUGGAAGCUGUAGCACUCAGCGUUGGCAGAACUGUCGUCAAAGUAAUUGCUGUCAAAGUCUUGACGAUGUGUGCUACGAGAAGGAUCAAUGGUAUGCUCAGUGCCGACCAGAAGGUCGAUGCGACACGUCCUGGAGUUGCAAGGUUCUCUCUACGGCAACAGCUUCCCCAACCACUACAACCACAACCACUACAACCACGACCACGACCACUAUGACCACAACCACGACCACAACCACAAGCACUGUGACCUUAAGCCCGAAGACCUUCGAGCCAGUUGACGGAGGCGAAGGCCGUGCUUGCCGUGGGGACUUCCCCUCUGACAACAAAGCCUCCUACUACACAGUCCUAAGUGUUGCGACGAUGGACGAGUGCAAAGAGCGCUGCGCCUCCACCGAAGAGUGCAGCGGCAUUGAGUACAACGUGGGCGGGCGGUGCGAAGUCUGGAUCCGCCCAGAGGGGAUCCACGCCUCAAUUGCACUCAACAACUACUACUGCUUGCGCUACGGCCCUUUGCCAGAGACUUCCUUUGAGCCCGUGGACGGCGGUGUAGACCGCGUGUGCCGGGGUGCGCAUGAGAAUGACAACCGUGCGGAGUACUUCGACGUCCAACAAGCCGAGUCUUUAGAAGGCUGCAAGAGGCUUUGCACCGACACGGUGGGUUGUAAGGGGAUCGAGUACCACAAAUAUGGCCGCUGUGAAAUUUGGCUUCGCGACGAGGGAAUCCAAGCGAGUAAGGUAGCAGCAGACUACACCUGCUUGCGCUUUAUCCCUCAGCUUAGCGUAAUGUGAGGAAAACCUAUGAAGUGUUUGACUUGAAACACCCCAGCACAACUUUUGUGUUGAGUUCAUGCGAUGUUUCUUCAACCCAAAUGACAGAGCAUGACCAAUCAGCUGGACAUGGGUUUACAGCCACCCGAGCUGGACCUUUUGUCAAGUUUGCUGUCAAGCCUUCAUGAGCCCCUUCUCUUCAAUUGAAAUUUGGAUUGGUUUUCUCUAUGUUUCUUUUUGGAUCUUGGAGGCUUCAGCGAACCUUUCACUCGCGUUUGAGCGAAGACGACCCAAUUUGGAGUUUUCAGCGGGCUAGUCCUCAACGGAAUGAUUUUUUUCUGCACGGGAACGAACUUCUUUAGCUUUUCCGUGGAAGACGCCGGCUGGGGCAUGUGAGCUUUCCGCUUGUGAAGUUUGCGCUUUGGAUUUGGCAAAGUAUAGUUGUGUUGCCAUCAGCUCCUCUGCCUGGAUUAUGCUUGAUUCAAGGCGAAAAUAGAGCUGUCGGGACAGAUUGGAUAUUUUUGGCUCAAUUGAGCAAAUGGUUCUCAGCUGGAUGCAUUUCUAAUUCCGAUCAAACUUAGCCAGUGAAGUUGCACUCUUUUCUUUCACAAGGUACACGACCUAGCCAAAGCUUCUGUCGCGUGUAUCGGAGAGUGCCAGGUGCUUCUGUGUCCACAGUUGAGGCCACGACCAAGCUUCGAGUUGAGUUUAUGACUGUUUCAUCUUCAAGUACUAAGUACUAGGCGUGAAAAGUAGCUCAACUGUGAGAUGCGAAGCAAAAGGUCACCAAAUGGG